UGGCGCCGAGAGUCCCAAAUACUAUAGAGCAAGAGACUCACUCUGCAAGUUUUUUUCUGUGCUGAGACAUCAACAUUGAGACAGACCUUUUUCCUCUGCCUUCCAAGGAUUAAAUUAAUAUUGUGAGAGGAUUCAUUUGAGCACGUUCUGUUUUUCAACGGUGAGGUUCCCCGAAAGGAAGUUCGUUUUCAAGAUGCCCCGUCCCUCGCGUGCUUCGUCUGCAGCCAAGAUGAGAAUGAAGAAGAUUCUUCCAAUGGCAACGACUCUGGCAAAAGGCUUUGAGCCUGUGCAUGGCACUGGAGCACGUCAUAGUGUCGAGCCUUGGCCUGUCUCUCCCCACACUGAGAAGUUCAAUCGAUUGGUUCUCCCUCUUGAAUGUCCAGAUAAGCAGUUUGUGCUGUUUGUGGGCGACUCGCAUCUGCGUGCGUUGGCUGACGGUUACGUGAAGAUGCCAGACGGUUGCCUUUCGUUUGGGUUCCUGUCUACGCCUGGGGCGUCUGCCGCUGAGCUUCGCACUGAGUUGUUGAACGCUGACAUCGGUAGAACCCCAGACAUUGUAUGCUUGUUGGCCCCAAGCAACAAUCUUACGGCGACGCCCAGCAUAGAAACCGCUGGAGUUGCCUUCAACGGACUUCUGAGAGCUGCCUGCAGUCGAUGGCCUAAGGUGUUUGUGCUCGAUUUCCCACCCCGGCUGGCGAGUGAAUUGGCGCCGCAACAAUUCCUUAGAGAGGAAUUUCGUCGCGUUGCAGCAAAGAAUGGUGUAAAUUACUGCCUCACAGCUGACCGCUUUCCGCUGGACUCACGUGCCUUGUGGAGUCGUGAUGGGAUCCACCUGAGUGACGAUCUGGGGAUGCCGCUUCUCGCGAAGUUGCUGUGGCAUUUCUCCUAUCGGCAGCUAGAGGCAGCUUCACCUCUGCCUGUUACACCUCCGCCUGUGUCUCCUCCCAAGUCACCCCCGACAGUGAGAUCGUUCACUACCACCGUGGUUGUGAAGGGAGAAGUUUCACGUCCACUUCCUCUUGACCCCUUCAAGGAAACUGUUGUCGGACGUCACGGCAAGCGCAGCCAACCUGAGAACUGGGAUGCGCCUGAGGACUGGGAUCAGUCUUACAUGAGGAUCCUUUCUCAUGAGGUUUGUGUACCACCCGUGGUCCUGGAGGAAUACCCUGUCGUGCUAAACCCUAUCCUGUUUAGCACUGACACGUUGGCUGCAAUAGAUCGCAUUGUUCCUUCCAACCUUGACAGCCCUAUGUAUGCUACCAUGGGGAAUCACACAAAGAAACGGAAGGUGGCACAUGGAACCACUGCAUUAUAGGCAUUUAAAACUCCAGCAACAAUUGCGGAACCUUCAAAGCUGGUACCUCCUCGUCCUGUUCUAGAAGCUGCUGUACCAGCUACUCUCGAGGGCAGAGUUUUUGUGCAUUCAAGCAACUUUUCUCAACUGGAGGGGGAUGACAAGUCUCUGUGUGUUGAUGAGUGGCCGUUUCUCCAAACAGAGGUUUGUGAGAAGCUGAAGGUGAACCAGCCGACUGCUCAGGUUGUCUCUAGACAGAGGCAACAAGAGGAGCCAGCAGCUUGGGGGCCAAAAGUUGUGAAGGCCCAGGCUGAUAAACCAACAGCCAAUGAGACCAGCUUCUUGGGAUGUUCAACCAAGAUGACACACAUUGAGGACCAUGAGCAGGAUGAACCAGCAUCUGAGGUCACUGUGGGUCAGCAGCAGAGCCCGCCUGAGGACAAUGGCCAGCUUGAAGAUCCUCAUGUAACACGUGGCAAUCAGAAGGCACCCUGUGAUGUUGUACCUGCCAGAGCUGCUACAUCAAGUCAUGUGACUUAUGAGAACCCUGGGUGUCUUAAAGGAUCGUUUGAUCAGAGCAGCCACAUAUUUGGGGAAAAUGCAGGUAUGCAGUGUGCUACAAAUAGCAUAGCGGCGAUUAUGACCCAUGCCACCCAUAGCGUUCUCAAAUGGAAAAAAAGAAACGUUCAUCGUGUUCUAAAACAAGGAAAUGGCUUGUACACAUCUAUGCUAGAAAAUAAUGAAAUCAGUUCAGCCAACACCACUGGGUAUAUUUACAUUGCUGAGUUACCCAGACACUGCAAAUUAAACAAUAAAUUGUUUAGUUUGGAAUAUUUUGAUACUCUCACUGGAGGUCUUGAUCGAAAGGAUGAUUAUGACGCUUCUGUGCAAAACAUAGUCAUGCCUUUAAAAGAGGCCAUUCAGAAGACACUGCUGCAGACAGACACAUGCUUGCUUAACAUCAAAGAAAAUGUCUGUGCAGUUUUCAAGGUCAAAACUGCUUUUGCAGUUUUUGAUCCUCAUUCUCGUAGUACUUGGGGCUCGGUUGCACCAGAUGGAACCAGCAUAGUAGCGCACUAUGCUACUGAGAAUGAGUUAUAUGACCAUAUUGAGAACCUUGUCAAUUCCUUGUAUCAAAAUGAUCCACAUGCCCCAAACAAAUUGUUUGAAGUCACAGGUGUGAAAGCUGUUGAAGUAAACGAAGCCAGCACUUCGACACAUGACAGUACUUUUGACACUGACUCGGAUCUCUGUGUACUUUCUGUAACAGAUAGAAAUUCCCUUGCAGUAAACACGUCUUUUUCCCUUGAAACUGUGCAGCCUGUAGCAAACACUUCCAAAUGUGACACAACUGUAAACAUUGACAGUGAUCUUCCAAUUCACACAGAUGGUGCAUCAGAUGUCUGUUUAAUUUCUGUAACAGAUAGCCCCAAUAUAAUAUUUAAUGGAUUGACAUUAAGGGAAAAAAACAGGAUCUGCAACAAACUGAAUAUCGUACCAAGUUUAGAUCAAAAUAUUGUUGUACAAACCUUCGAUAUGGGACAGCCUGAACCAUGCAAAACAACAUCCAUUGAAGGUGACGGUAAUUGUUUCUUUCGUUCUCUUUCGUCUGUAAUUAGUGGUUGCGAGUCACAUCACAAGGCCUUUAGAAAGGCUGUAGUGAAUCACAUCUCAAAUAAUCCACUUCAUUACAUUACUGAAUUUGCUUCUGUGGAGCAAUAUCUCAGGGACUCAAAAAUGAAAUAUGUUGGAUCUUGGGCAACGGUGUUGGAAAUACAAGCUUCUGCAGAUUUGCUCUGUGUUGAUAUUUACACAUACAGUCAACAGAAAUGGAUUACGUUUACGUCAAACAUUGAGCCGAUUUUAAGAAAAGCUAUAUAUCUGAAACACUUCAAUGAACGCCAUUAUGAACCAAUUGCAUGUGUCAAAGAAAAAACCUCUCUUACAUGCUUUAGUUUAACUAGCUUCUGUGAAAUGUCACACAAAAUGUCCAAUGCAGACCUUGUUUCACCACGUAAAAAAUGUAGUGAUAAAGUAAAAAAUCGAAGAAAAAGGAAAAGAUAUGCUGAAGACACAGAAUAUAGGCAAUUUAAAAAGCUAAAAACACAACUAAGAUAUUAUUGGGAUGAACAGUAUCAAGCAAAUCGGAAAGCUAGCAGUAUCGAAAAAUAUGCUAAUAAUGAAGCGUUCAGAGAACAAGUAAAAAAGAGCAGUAUUGAAAAAUAUGCUAAUAAUGAAGCGUUCAGAGAACAAGUAAAAAAGAGCAGUAUUGAAAAAUAUGCUAAAAUGAAGCGUUCAAAGAACAAGUAAUAAACAGCAGUAUCGAAAAAUAUGUAAAUAAUCCUGCCCAUCGUAACCAGGUGAAACAAAGAAUUGUAAUCAAAUACAGAGAAGAUCCUGUCAUGGUCUGUGUCGUGUUUUGGUGUUUCCCUGUGUUUCCUUCCUGUGUUGAUUACUGCUCCCUCCCCUAAUGUGUCUCAGCUGUUCCUCGUUGCGUUUGCUACUUAAGCCCUUGUCUUUCCUUUGUUCCUCGUGCUGUCAUUGUGGUUAGUUCGUCCUGCGUGUUCUCUGUUGUCACCUGUGUUCCCUUGCCCCUUGCCCCUUGCCCCUUGCCCCUUGCCCCUUGCCUUAGCCUUUUGGCAGAAACAGUCUGCAUCUGGGUCCUACCUGCCUGCCUGCACCGCUAACCGUAACAGAAUGACAGCACCACCAUUGGACCCAGCGGACGCUAAAUUUUUCCGUGAAUUGGAGGAUUUGUUAGUUUCAAUAAUCAAAGCUAUGGAUGGCUGGGAGAACAUACCCAGCAGGAAGCUGUGAUGGGGCGUACGUGCAGGGCUGCUGCGUCAAGGCCCGUAUUGGGGGACGUCUUACCCGAGUGGGCAGUCGAGCUGCUCAACCCCACAACCUUUUGGCCGGAGAGCUACAUGCCACUGCCACCGGCCCAAGCCUCCACGCUCCCGCUACCAGCCACUGCCCCGGUCCCCAGCUACCAGCCUCUGCCCCCGGUUCCCCGCUACCAACCUCUGCCCCUGGUCCCCAGCUACCAGCCUCUGUCCCCGGUCCUCAGCUACCAGCCUCCUCCUUUACGGACAAUCAGAGUGGGGGUGGUGAGUUUAGGGUACUACCCGGUUCCUCCUGGCACUCCAGCCCCCGCACUGACUCCGGUCCCCGAGCCCUGUCCGGUUCCUGAGACCACUCCUCUCCUUCCAGAGGGGGCCCGCCCCCUGCUCCUUCCAGAGGAGGUCCGGCCUCUGCUCCUGCCGGAGGGGGCCCGCCCUCCAGACCGUCCAGGGGAGGCACGCCCUCCGCUCCUGCCUGUGGGGUCCUGGCUUCCAGAGGGGGUCCGCCCUCUACUUGGCCUUCCUCCAGAGGGGACCCGCCCUCUACCUGGCCUUCCAGAGGGGGUCCGCCCUCUACCUGGCCUUCCAGAGGGGUUCUGCCCUCUACCUCGCCUUCCUCCAGAGGGGACCCGCCCUCUACCUGGCCUUCCUCCAGAGGGGACCCGCUCUCUACCUGGCCUUCCUUCAGAGGGGACCCGCCCUCUACCUGGCCUUCCUCCUGAGGGGCCCCGCCCUCUACCUCGUCUUCGCCGGCCUCCUGAAGGGUUCCGCCUUCGCCGCUGCCGGCCUUCAGAGGGGUUUCUUUGCCGUUGCAGGCCUCCUGAGGGACUGAGCCCUCAUCAUCCUUGCCGCCGGCCUCCUGAAGGUUCCCCCUUCACUCUGCCUCUGCUUGCCCCCCAGGCCUUCCGCCUGAGGCUUCCUGCCAUGCCCUGGGGCAGUUUUCUGACACCCCUCCGCUCUGCCCCAGUCCAUUUUUUUUUUUUGAUUCCCUCCUCCUGGUUCCCCUCCACCCACCCGUUUUGGGUUUGACUUUCUUCGUUGUUUUUUUUGCGCUUGUCGUGGGUCGCCUAGGAGUCUACCCUUAAGGGGGGGGGGGGGGUACUGUUAUGGUCUGUGUCGUGUUUUGGUGUGUUUCCCUCCUGUGUUGAUUACUGCUCCCUCCCCUAAUGUGUCUCAGCUGUUCCUCGUUGCGUUUGCUACUUAAGCCCUUGUCUUUCCUUUGUUCCUCGUGCUGUCAUUGUGGUUAGUUCGUCCUGCGUGUUCUCUGUGGUCACCUGUGUCCCCUUGCCCCUUGGCCAUUGCCUUAGCCUUUUGGCAGAAAUAAAGUGCUGUUCUCCCUAAACCGUCUGCAUCUGGGUCCUACCUGCCUGCCUGCACCGCUAACCGUAACAGAUCCGGCUUAUAAGCCCUCUUUAAUUGAAAGAAACUGUCAUAAGAGACUUAAUCUAACCCUCUUAAAACACAAUAUUGACUUUGUAAUUUAGCUUUUCCAAGAUGAGGUCAAACAUGGACCAGAACAUGUUUGUUGUACAUGUCACAGAUUAUUGUUCCGAAAGCAAGUAAAAUUAUGGGACAUAACUUCAUAUGAAUCCAAGGCUUCAACUGUGUCAGCAAUUGCAAAACAAUGCAUUACUACAACAUAUCUCCAUCAAUGUGAUAAUCCAUGUUUAUCGCCAUGCACACUAAAACAGACAGUUGCUGGGAAAUUGUGGAUAUGUUUCAAUUGCAACAACAAGAUACUCAGUGGUAAGGUUCCCCAGGAGAGUGCUAUGAACAAUAUGGAAUUAGAUCCAAUUCCUGAUGAACUACACACACUGAACUCAUUAGAACAACACCUGUGCGCAUUGAAUAUUCCCUUUAUGCGACUUGUGGCAUUGCCACAAGGUUCUCAGAAUUCUGUCCAUGGCCCGGUGACGUACGUUCCAUCAAACAACAAUGUAGUCACUUCGGUUCUCCCAAGGCUAGAAAAUCAAGAUUUAAUGAUACAAAUAAAACUGAAAAGAAAACUUAGUUAUAAGGGCAAUUAUCAGUAUCAAUAUGUGCACACUCAAAAAAUCCAAAAUGCAAUAGCAUGUUUAAAGGACAUCAAUAAAUGGUAUAAGAACAUAGACUUUAACACUGAAUGGGAAAAUCCCUUGCAAAAAGAUACAUGUUCUGUUUUGAAAGAAUGCAACCCAGUUAAUGACACUACAUCUGCACCUGAAAGCAGUAACACUAUUGACAUUACAACUCAAUCAGAUCAGGGGCCUGUACCACGAAGCUCGCUUAGAGGGUUAGCGAGUUAUGUUGAGCUCAAAGCCUGGGUUAGUUGUACCACGAAAGUCGAUCUCUUUUAGCGUCGCUGUAUCACCAUGGUGACUUAUGCUGGCAACCAAACCUGGUCGGGAGCAGUUUUUCGGCUUAGUCUAGCCGGAGAUCGGCUACUUAAAUCGGCGUGCGCAGCUUCCUAGCCCCUCCUCUGACAAUGGCGUCACCGUUUGUGGGUGUUCCCGUGGACCUCGGCGCACUUCUCGUACAGGCGUCUCUCCGGUGACAGAGGGUUUUACGGGACAUAACCGAUCCCUUGGCAUUGUCUGACGAUAUUCAGAUUUCAGACUCCUUUUGGACCUUAUGUAGACAAUGCUUACUGUUGCGCAUUGUGUCUCCGUGACAGAGUGCUAGAGUGGAGGUAGCGCGUCAGUCUUUAAUUUCUGCGCGGGGGGUUCGACUCCCAAGUGACGCGAAUUCAUGUGAAGCUUAAAAAGUCCCAAUUCUCAUGCAUAUGGAAUACUUAUUCACUAAAGCUUAUGGAAUUAUAUUUUUGUGCUUAUUUCGAACUUGAACCCAUAUUUUCAAGGCCGUGCUGGCACCACAUCUAUGGGGGUAAAAUGCAUGAUGAUAGACCGGCGAAUUUGAACCCUGGUCGCUGGUGUUCGGGUCUUAUACUAAUCCACUACGCUACAGCCGCUACCUCUCAGAGGUUGAUAACAUGCGAUACAUUUCUUACAUUGGGUGUAUUUAAAGUGAAUUCCCUAAAUGAUAGAAUAAGGCAGGAUGGACGUUGCUUAUGAAUUUUUAAAUCAUCAUCAUUCUAUUUGGAUUAAUGGCGAACAAUUCUGCAUUUAGCUGUUAUUUUAUAGACAAUAUGCAGAAUCUUUUCCCUUAUACACAUAUAGACUGCUUGAUCUAUCGUAAAGGUGAGAAAAAUGACGCAAAAAAUGCCCCUUUCAAGUGAACGCGCACUGAACCUAAAGCGGAAAACCUGGUUCAACUAAUUGAAUCUAAAGUGAGCUUCGUGGUACCAUUUAACUCUGAUUGCGAGUUGCGGCUCUGUCGAGCCAGGUUUUCCCAAGAAAGCCUGGGUAUGUUCAGCGAGGUUCGUGGUAUACCCCCCAGGUGACAGAUGAUGAAGAACAUGACCACAUAUAUGAAAGUCAAACACACGGGAUACACUUGGACACAUGUUUACAACUAGGGAAGCAAACAAUUAAUCGAUUAUCGAUUAAUUGUCGAUAAGAGAUUACUCGAUUAAAAUAAAUUACUUGCAAUUAAUCGCGUUUUUAACCCGUAAUUCCCCACCAGUCCACGUGAGGGCGCGCUUGACGCCAGACAUGCACACGCGGUAACACAAGCGAAGCAGGAAUAGACAAACGAAAAGCGGGACACUGACACGAUGAAGAGGGCAAAACGGAGUGCAGUAUGGAGCCACUUUAAGUUGGUUAAUGACGACAAAGACGCCAAAUGCACAAUAUGUGGAAGUAUUUUAAAGUACAACAACUCCACGACUUCGUUGAAUUACCACCUACAUGUGUCACAUUCAGCCGUGCUACAAGCAGCGAGUGGUUCUCAAUCUCAGCCUACAAUCACCACAGCGUUGGGACGAAGGGUAUGUGACUCCACAAAAGCAGAGGGCAUUACCCAGCGGAUCUGUAACAUGAUUACUACAGACCUGCUGCCGAUAAAUGUUGUUGACGGACAGGGAUUUCGAGAGGUAAUAAAGUACAUCGAGCCAGGGUACAAUAUCCCCUCUAGAACAACCAUAACCACCCGCGUGGAAGCAAGCUACGCGAGGAAGAAGGCUGAGUUCAAAAUAGCGAUGUUUUUGUUUUGUUUUACGAAGACACCUCUAUCAUCAGGCAGCCUAUAUUUUAGGUUGACUAGAGCUACGACAGUUCAGUCCUGUUUUUUUUUACUAAUGUUAUUGUGAUAUUGUCCCAUUUCCCAGUUUAAGGGGGAUUAGAAAUGCUGCCAAUAGUCCACAUGUGACACCUUAUUUACUUUUCAGAAUUUAUUUUAUUAUGCUGCUAAGAGACAGUACACUAAUUUAUUUUCAUGUUAAAUGUUCCAAUGUAAUAUUUUGAUUUUGGUUGAUUUGGUUUGUUAUGCUACCAAAAUGAAUAAAUCUUUGAUUAAGGAA